UAUCAUCACUGAGUUCACUUCGGCUGCCGACUUUUAAGAAACUCACUUUUGCACCACACGUGUUAGUUUUUUGUUUCUUCGUCAAUCAUUUUACUGACUUAAAACAAUACCAAAAAUGGGUUUCGCCAACGUAUGGUACUCGCAUCCAAGACGCUACGGCCAAGGAUCCCGUUACUGCCGGGCGUGUACAAACAGGCACGGUCUUAUCAGGAAAUACGGCAUCAACUUGUGCCGUCAGUGUUUCCGUGAAUACGCCAACGACAUUGGUUUCAAGAAGAUGGACUAAACAUUAUGUUUUCUAUGAUCUUGGCUGUAUACCGACCACUUAACAUUCGCUACUCAAUGCAGUCAUGUAAUUUUUGUCUAUACUAUUUAAGUCAAUAAAUGAACUUGAGUUAAAAACACAA